AGCCAUUGGAUUACCUACAACUAUAGCAUAAGCCAAAAUGACAAGCUUUGGACGCACCACUUCUCUCCUCUUCUUCUUCUUCUUCUUCUUUUUCCUCCAGUUGGUGUUCUCUGAAUUGUCUCCAAACCAGACAACAACCAUGAACCAGCUCUAUGGUCUUCUCCCCAACAGCACAGCCCAGUUUUCUCCUCCUUCCCCAUGGAAUGUCACCAAAGACCCAAAUCCAUGUUCAUGGAAGGGCGUUACAUGCACUUCCAACAAUUCUUCCAUCACCAAUCUCUCUCUCCCUUUUUUCUCUAUCUCGUCCUCCGAUUUUCUUGUUCUUCUUUGCCAGAUUGAUACCUUGGAGGCUGCUGAUCUCUCCAACAAUCACUUGAGCUCAAUCCCAGAUGGGUUCAUGACUGGUUGUGGAAAGAUUACUGGGUUGAAACUGGUGAAUAUCAGUAGGAACAAAUUGUCUGGCCCUUUACCCACUUUUAAUGGUUUUGCUAAGUUGGAGUCCUUGGACUUGUCUCACAAUUCAUUGGGUGGAAGCAUUGAUUUACAGCUUCAUGGGUUGGUUGGUCUCAAAAGUCUGAACCUUGGCUUCAACCAGUUCAUCGGCUCUGUUCCUAUGAACCUUGGAAAAUCCAUGGUUUUGGAGGAGCUUGGGCUUUCUGCCAAUCGCUUUGAAGGUAAAUUCCCCGAAUCAAUUGCGAAUUAUUCGAAAUUGACUGCAAUUGAUAUUAGUUUCAAUUACAUUUCUGGGUCAAUCCCUGACAGAUUUAGAGAGCUUCUCAAUCUGCAACUUUUGAUUCUAUCUUCCAAUCAAUUGAGUGGUGGAAUCCCACCAUUCCUUUCAACUAUCCAAAACCUAUCUCGGUUUGCGGCCAAUCAGAAUUUUUUUUCUGGUGUCAUUCCACUUGGGAUUACAAAAUAUCUCAAGAAUUUAGACCUUAGUUAUAAUAACUUAAAUGGGCCAAUUCCUGGAGACCUUUUAUCCCAAUCAAAUUUGCAGAGUGUGGAUUUAUCUAAUAAUUCAUUAAGUGGGUCAAUACCUGCAAAUAUGUCUCCAAACUUGGUGAGGCUGAGAUUAGGAAACAAUCAAUUGAAUGGGACAAUCCCAUCUUCAUCUUUUGGAAGCCUUCAAACAACACUGACCUAUUUGGAGUUGGAUAACAAUCGUUUGAGUGGACCAAUACCUCCAGAAUUGAGUUUGUGCAAGAAUUUAGCACUGCUGAAUCUUGCUAACAACAACCUCACUGGUGGUUUGCCGGUACAGUUGGGUGUUCUGAGCAAACUUCAGGAAUUGAAGCUUCAAUUCAACAAUUUGUUUGGAGAAAUCCCAAUUCAAAUUACCCAAUUACAAACAUUGCAGAAACUGAAUAUCAGCUGGAAUUCGCUGAACGGUUCAAUACCAUCAUCAAUUUCAAGCUUGCAAGCUCUUACCAACUUGGAUUUACGAGGCAACAAUCUCAGCGGUUCAAUACCUGUUUCGAUUGGAAACUUGAAUUCCCUUAUAGAACUCCAACUAGGGAACAACCAACUCAAUGGGACAAUUCUGUUGAUGCCACAGAAUUUGCAGAUUGCUCUAAAUUUAAGCAGCAAUCUCUUUGAAGGGCCUAUACCUGGAACAAUAUCAAAAUUGAUUGGAUUGGAAGUGUUGGAUCUUUCCAACAACAAAUUUUCUGGUCAGAUUCCAGAUUUUCUGGUUAAAAUGGCAAGCUUGACACAAUUGGCGCUUUCCAACAAUCUGCUCUCUGGUGUGAUUCCCAAGUUCCCUUCAUUCGUUACACUUGAUGUAAGUGGAAACAAGGGUCUCAUUAACGCUACCAAUUCAAACUCUCCCUCAUUAUCUCCGAAAAAAAGGACAGUUGCCGUGGGAAUUGUUGUUGCGGUUGCUGUUGCUAGCGUCUUGGCUUUUGUGGCCACGUUUAUGGUUUUUGAGCGAUUCUUAAAACAAUUUUGUAGCGUCAAAGGUCAUUGGAUAACUGAUAAUAGCUUCUAUAAAUCAAAGCUUGACUUCACCAAAGCCAUGGAGGCAGUGUCCAAACCUGUCAACAUGAUGCUGAAGAAUGAGCUCUGCACCUACUACAGGGCUUUGAUGCCUUGUGGGAUGAGCUAUUGCAUCAAAAAGAUAAAUUGGAGUUGUAAGGCAUUCCAAUUGCUGAGCCCCGACAGGUUUGUUCAAGAGUUAACGGUUUUAGGUAAGCUAAGCAAUUCAAAUAUCAUGAUCCCUCUAGCUUAUACUUUAACCAGUCGUAGCGCAUAUAUUGUAUAUGAAAAUCCUCAACAUGGAACUCUCUUUGACCUUCUUCACACAAGUUGUGAUAAUGUUCUGAAAUGGGAAGAGCAGCGUUACAGUAUAGCUGUCGGAGUUGCUAGAGGUCUGGCUUUCCUACAUGGGUGCUCCACAUCGACUGGACCCAUAAUUCUCCUCCAUCUUUCAACGAAAAGUAUCCUAAUGGAAUCACUUUCGAAGCCUCUGAUUGGAGAUUUUGAUCUUGGUAAAGUGAUCAAGCCUUCGAUAACCAUGGGGACAAUCUCUGCUGUAGCUGGUUCAAUUGGGUACAUCCCUCCAGAAUAUGCAUACACAAUGAGGGUGACCCCAUCUGGGAAUGUUUACAGUUUUGGAAUCGUGAUGCUGGAAUUAUUAACUGGCAGGCCUGCUAUAAGUGAAGGAACUAAUUUAGCUGAAUUGGCACUGACUCGGACUCAGUCAAUCCAUCACAACAAGUGGGAAGAAAUUCUUGAUUGUAGACUAUUAAGUGAUGCAUCAAGUGGUGCUCGUGAUCAAAUGCUUUCGCUUCUUAGAAUUGCUUUGGGUUGUAUUGCCGUCUCACCGGAUAAAAGGCCAAAUGCAGAAAGCUUGCUUGAUAUGCUACUUAAUGUGGCAACAAUUUAGUCUGUAAUUAAGGCAAUUUAGUAGUAUGAAGAACAGAGUUCACCACCAUACCCUGUAA